UUGUGUGAGCUGAGCCUGUGACAACUGUGAGCGAGUGGCAAAAGGAUAUCGUGCAAAAAGGACAACGUUAUGCUGAAGUUUUUCCUGCUGAGCGCCUUGCUUGGCAUCGCCUAUGCAGGUGUGAUUGGACCCGGACCAUAUUAUGGAGGACCAGCUGGACCAGGACCGCUGCACUCUUAUGGAGGAUAUGCCCCGCCCCAUGGCCCCUAUCCCGCUCCCUAUGUGGCGCCCAAGCCAGCUGCUCCCGAACCCUAUGAUCCCGAUCCAAAGUACUCCUUUGGAUAUGACAUUCAGGAUGGUUACACAGGGGAUCUAAAGUCGCAGCAUGAGACGCGACAUGGGGAUGUGGUGAAGGGCAGCUACUCUGUGGUAGAUCCUGAUGGCACCAAGCGCACCGUUGACUAUACAGCGGAUCCCCAUCAUGGUUUCAAUGCAGUGGUGCGUAAGGAACCGCUGGCCUACAAGGCUCCAGCUCAUCUGGCUCCAGUUUUGGCCCCUGCACCGGCACCAGCACCGGCUUAUCAUCACUUGCCUGGCCCGGCUCCGGCACCACCAUUGCCGCCAGUGCCCAAGGCUCCCCUGCUUUCCUAUCCUCUGGCCUUGAGUGCUCUCCACCGGGCAGCUCCUGCUCCUGCUCCUGCACCAGCUCCUAUUCCCGUGCCUGUGGCUGCUCCUGUUUUACCUUCUGCCCAUUUCCAUGCCGCCUAUCCUGCCUUGGCACACAGCGCCUAUGCUCACUAUCCGGCUCCGGGACCGGCUCCAGCACCUGCACCUGCACCUGUACCUGUCGAUCCGCACGCCUAUUACCACCACUGAGGGAACAAUGUUUUCGCAACGAUCUGAUCUGACUUGAUUCGACUUUCAUACAUCCAUCCAUUCACCUAUCGCACGCAGCUUACACACUGACCCACAACUGAAUCUCCGGCUUACUCUGUGCCAAACUCAAUCUCUUUUGCUGUGUUCUUCGAGGGAUUUGAUGCCGAUCCGAUGUGUAGAUUGAUUUAAGGAUACGCCUAGCCUAUGUACAUAUCUAAAGUGUAUGUUGUUGAAUGGUUAGU